AUGUCGGUUCAAUUUCGAGGACCGCCGCCAAAAGGGUCCACGAAGCGCAAGCCCGCACCGUCAGAUGGGUCCGCAACGCCCCAGAUGCCUAGUCUCGCGGAGCAACUCUCUUUCCUCGACUUCCCUCGUCCCUUCAAGAACCCAGACUACAUACGCAAAGGGUCCAAGCGCGCCAAACACGUCAAGGCAGUGUUGACUCAGGAACGCGAACGGGAAAAGGCAGAGCGGGAGAGACGUAGGCUGGAGCGUGAGCAGGCCGAUGGAGAGGGCAUGGAAAUCGACGGGGAGGAUAACAAAGAGGAGGAAGAAGAAUUUCCGACAUACACCUCAAUCGAGGCACCCCCGUCGUUGCUUCCCCAACGACAUUACUGCGAUAUCACCGGACUGGAGGCACCAUAUACGGACCCGGCGACGCGCUUGCGGUACCACGACAAAAGUAUCUACGAGUUGAUCAAGGGGUUGAGUCCGGCGGCGGUGAAGGAUUAUCUUGCAGCGCGUGGUGUAAACUCGAUUGUAAAGUAG